AUGCCGCUCAGAAGAGUCACGUUCAACGAAAGAGUUGAGGUCUUCGAACUUUACAAGCCGGAGCCUGUUGCUCAUGCUCCAGCAGAUAGACAAUUGAAAAUUCGAGCGAUAAAGAAGGACACGAUUAAAUUUCAUGAUCAGGUCCAGAAACCCGUCCGCCGCCCGACAUCCCGAGUCCAGCGCCGCAUGACUUCAUAUAUCAAGGACAAGCUGAAAUCCGUUUGA